AUGCCCAUCGCCCACAUCGGCCUCGCAAUCCCCCUGGCGCUCCUCGACGAGACGCUCGCCUUCUACGUCGCAGCCCUCGCGCCCCUCGGCUACAAGGUCCUCAUGCGGCCAACCCCCAACGCCAUCGGCCUCGGCCUCGAGAUGCCCAUCACCGACUUCUGGAUCACGGCCAUUGACAUUCCCUCUGUCAACGCCCUCAGCCACGUCGCCUUUACCGCAGACACCCGCGACCAGGUCGACGCCUUCUACAAAGCCGGCCUCGCCUCGCCCGGCGCAAAGGACAACGGCGCCCCCGGCGUGCGCGAGAUGUACCACCCAAACUACUACGCCGCCUUCCUCAUCGACCCCGUCGGCAACAACAUCGAGCUCGUCUGCCACGCGCCGCCGAGCUGA